AUGGCGACUGCCAGCCCUGCCAGAGAGGUUGAGGGUGGAAUCCGAAAGCGGGAGAAGGAGAAAGAGGAGACAGCUGCCGUGUGGAUGUCAGGGGGAGAGGAGGCUCUAAGCUCUCCCAGGGCCCUGCGGCCCCUGAGGAAGAAGGCCCAGGAUGAGGGCCCUGCGGGAGCCAAGCUGGCGUUGCACCCGCUGCUGAACAGGUGGGCUCUGUGGUUCUUCAAGAAUGACCGCAGCCGUGCCUGGCAGGACAAUUUGCAUCUGAUCACCAAGUUUGACACUGUGGAGGACUUCUGGGCGAUGUACAGUCACAUCCAGUUGGCCAGUAAGCUUUCCUCCGGCUGUGACUACGCCCUGUUUAAGGAUGGCAUCGAGCCCAUGUGGGAAGAUAGCAGAAAUAAGAGAGGUGGCCGCUGGCUGGUCAGCCUCGCCAAGCAGCAGCGCCACAGUGAGCUGGACCGCCUGUGGCUGGAGACACUGCUGUGUCUGAUCGGGGAGAGCUUUGAGGAGCACAACCGGGAGGUGUGUGGGGCCGUCAUCAAUAUCCGAGCCAAGGGGGACAAGAUUGCCAUAUGGACAAGGGCAGCAGAGAACCAGGAGGGUGUGCUGCACAUCGGGCGUGUCUACAAAGAGCGCCUGGGCCUCUCCACAAAGACCGUCAUUGGGUACCAGGCCCACGCAGAUACAGCCACCAAGAGCAACUCUCUUGCCAAAAACAAGUUUGUGAUGUGAGGGGCCCUUGAUGCCACUCCCCCUGAGUCAGGCGCUCCUGAGUCUCUCAAUGCUGGGUGUGUAGGGAGGUUCUGGGCUGCACUGCUGAUGUUGGGCAAGAUUGGGGGACAGAUAACCCAGUUUUUACCUGUCCUGGAGGAAUGUGAACACUCUUUAACAGGAGUUGGGGUCUAAGCCUAGGGCCAGCUCUGUGGUGGUAGUGGGGUCAGCCUGAGGACCCAGGGCAGAAAGGUGGAGGAAACCCCUGAAUUUCCUUGUUCCAUCCCUGGGGUUGGGUAGGGAGGUGUGGGGUGAGUCACUGGGGAAAGGAGGGCUCAACCAAAGGUGGGAAGAGAACAGAUGGGAGAGAAUCCUCAGAUCUAGUACUCUGUGCCCCCUGCGAAAGGCACCUGGUGGUUGAGGGCUAGACUCUUCCAUUUUGGGGUAGGGGGCUCAAAGCCACUGACACUGAAAGCUGGAGUUUAGGGACAGGAGUUGGCACAGAGAGCUCUCUGUGACCAUUCUGCUUUAAAACCUUUGAGUAGCCUCUCAUCAGAUCUGUAGCCUUGGAGCCUACCCUAUAACCUGUACUUUCCCUCAACCAGCUGUGGGUGGUCCAAAGGGUGGGGCCAUUCAAGAGCUGGAGGCUUAGA